GCAGACCUGCCCCCCUGAGAGCCGCCCAAGCCCCUGCGCAGGCGCACUGCCGCUGACCCGCCCUCCCCGGCCUGGGAGACAUGGCGCUGAUAGAGCUGGCGGCCCGCCUGAACUGCGCUGAGUACAAGAACUGGGUGAAGGCGGGAUACUGCCUGCUGCUACUGCGCAGCUGCCUGCAGGGCUUCAUCCGGCGUGAAAUGCUCAGCUUCCAUCGCGGCCUGCUCGCCGCAGCCCCCGGCCUGGGCCCCCGCGCCACCUGCCACGGCGGAUCCCGGUGCAGCCCGCGGGCUCGCCAGUUUCAGCCUCAGUGUCAGCUGUGUGCCCAGUGGAAACGCGAGAUCUUGAGACAUCAUGGCAACAGAAAUGGAGAUGUGCACUGGGGAAACUGCCGACCGGGCCUCUGGCCUGUGGACGCUUGGGAGGUAGCCAAGGCCUUCAUGCCCCGAGGACUAGCAGACAAACGGGGGCCUGAGGAAUGCGAUGCUGUUGCUCUUUUAAGUCUCAUCAAUUCCUGUGAUCACUUUGUGGUUGACCGAAAGAAAGUCACAGAGGUGAUUAAGUGUCGAAAUGAGAUAAUGCACUCUUCAGAGAUGAAAGUAUCAUCUAAGUGGCUUCGAGAUUUUCAGAUGAAGAUCCAGAAUUUUCUCAGUGAAUUCAAGAAUAUCCCAGAGAUUGUUGCAGUAUACUCCAGAAUAGAACAGCUGUUGACAUCUGACUGGGCUGUUCACAUUCCUGAGGAGGACAAGCCAGAUGGGCGUGAAUGUGAAAUAGGAAGUUACUUGAGUGCAAGCCAGAUCAACGAAAUUGAAAUAGAAUUGCUGAAGGAAAAACUGCAAGAGAUGUACCUUCAAGCAGCAGCAGAAGAGGUAUUGCCUGGAGAGAUCUCAGAUCAUCUGGAUAAGGUGAAGGAGUUUCUGAAAAGCAAUGAAGAUCUUCAAAAUGGCCUUACAGAAGACAUGCAAAAGCUAGACAGCCUCUGUCUACAGCACCAAAAACCAAGGUCAAAGGACACCGGUAGACAGACACCUGAAAGGAAGGCUUGAGAUAUUGAAGCACAUCAUUUCCUUUCACCAAAUUUAUAAAUUCAUUCAGUUUCUCUAUUCCUUUAUUCUUUGUCCUGCUUGUUCCUGAACCGUGCAGAAACCCUGUGCCAUUGUAUGCAGUGGCCUUGUGGGGUCAGACUUCCACCUUUCCAUCCACCUGCUCAUUUUCAAGGUCAGUGGUACUAAACUGGCUUACGUCACCUGUGGACCUGUGUUCCCCGGAACUCUUCCUGGAAGAAAUGCUCCAUGCCAAGCCUCAGCAAAGAUGGGCACAUGCUUUCUUCUGGUCAAUUGCCCAACAAAGAUGAAUUCUGUAGAGAAUGGGUGGGGGGAGGGAAAGACUGUAUUUGGUAUAUUUUUUACUUUCAAACCCCAAUGGAUGCAGUGUGCCUGCAACUAGCUGCAUUCACCUUCCCACGUGCUGUUUGCUCUUCAGUCUUGUGUUUUCUUUCUCCCUUCCUUUUGUCAAGUUCCUCUGGAAGAGUUCAGUAGUGGAGUAAGAAUUUUCAUUCAUCUUGUAACUCUUGUAACCCUUGUAACUUUUGUAACUCUUGUAACUCUUGUAACUUUUGUAACCCUUGUAACUCUUGUAACUCUUGUAACCCUUGUAACUUUUGUAACUCUUGUAACCCUUGUAACUUUUAUAACUCUUGUAACUCUUGUAACUCUGUGUCUAGUUAGUCCUUAUCAAUUCAGCACAUAAUCAAGUGUCAACACUGUGCCAGACACUGAAGUAAAUACAAAUGUAAUGAUUGUCUCCUCUGUCUGAUAAAUCAAGAAUUUUGUUCAGAUAACUUGAAACUAGUAACAAUUAAUUACAUUGAAACAGAGAAAGGAAGACAUGCCUUUAAAGGGCUCUGAAGGGCUUUAAAAUGGGAUGUGGCUUGUACAGCAUUGUUACCCCAGCCAUCAGCAGAGAGGACUCAUUAAAUAAGACAUAGUGCAGGGCUGGAGAGAUGGCUCAGUGGUUAAGAGCACAGACUACUCUUAUAGAGGACCUGGGUUCUAUUCUCAGCACCCACAUCAUGGGUAACCAUCCAAAACUUCAGUUCCAGGGAAUCUGAUGC